AACUAGCAGUAUACUGUAGGUAGCUCGUAUUAUUAACUUUCCCACUCAUAUGGUUGGGACUGCCCUAGUACACCACAGCUUCCUCUAUAUUAUAUCUGAAGUUGUAGGGACCUUUCGUAACAGUCCCAACACUGAGAUCUCCACCAAGACCCUGCACUAGUGAGCAAUAAUGGCUUCUCCUGUCCACAGCAGGAAGCUGCGCAUCCUCCUCAUGCCCUUCUUCGCCACUAGUCACAUCGGCCCAUUUACCAACCUCGCCGUCCACCUCGCGGCUGCGCGGCCGGACAUCGUCGAGGCCACCGUCGCCGUCAGCACGGCGAACGCCGCGGUCGUGCAGUCAGCUCUUGCACGGCAGCAGAGCUCCGGCCGCGCGACGGCGGUGAGAAUAGCGACGUAUCCGUUCCCAGUGGUGAAUGGCCUUCCGCCGGGGGUGGAGAACCUCUCGACCGUCAAGGCCGCGGACGCGUGGCGGAUAGACGCCGUCGCUUUCGACGAGGCCCUGAUGAGGCCCGGGCAGGAGAGCCUCAUCAGGGAGCACUCGCCGGACGCCAUCAUCAGCGACAUGCACUUCUUCUGGAACAUCGACAUCGCCGCCGACCUCGGCGUGCCGUGUGUGGCGUUCCAAGUCAUCGGAACCUUCGCGACGACGGCCAUCUCACACCUCACGGAUCUUGACAUCCAUGGCGCCGCUGGAGGAGGGGUGGUGGCUCUGCCUCGAGCUGGCGGCGGCGGCGACAUACUGAUCCCGCACACGGAGCUGCCUGAGUUCGUGAGGAGCCAGCAAGUCAUAGAUCGCCCCGUCCUGGAUCGGCUCACCUCAAUGUUGAAGAGGUGUGCCGGCCGGGCCGUGAACACCUUCUUCGACCUGGAGCAAGGAUACUGCGAGAUUUUCACGAGCGGUAUAAAGACGAGGCCCUCCUACUUUGUUGGCCCCCUCUCGCUACCGCCGGCAACAGCAACAGGAGACGGCGCAGGAGCGGGACACUCGCCGCCGUGCAUCGAAUGGCUCGAUAGAAUGCCAUCUCGAUCGGUUGUGUUCCUGUGUUUCGGCAGCUUGACCCAUGUCUCCGACGCCCAGCUCGUGGAGCUGGCUCUCGGGCUCGAAGCCUCGGGGAAGCCGUUCCUGUGGGUCAUCAGGGACGAAACGUGGUCACCGCCGGACGGGUGGAUGGAUCGCGUCGGGAAGAGGGGCAUGGUCGUCAAGGGCUGGGCGCCGCAGACGCGGAUCCUGGAACACCAGGCGGUGGGGGCGUUCGUGACCCACUGCGGGUGGAACUCCGUCCUGGAGACGGUGAGCGCCGGCGUGCCGGCGCUGACGUGGCCGAUGGUGUUCGAGCAGUUCAUCAUCGAGAGGCUGCUGACCGAGGUCCUGGCGAUCGGGGAGCGGCUGUUCCCGGAGCGCGCCGGGGUGCGGAGCACCAGGUCCGAGGAGAACGACCUGGUCCCGGCCGAGGUAGUGGCCCGGGCGGUGACCAAGUUCAUGGAGCCUGGAGGCGGGGGAGACGCGGCGUGGGGACGGGUGAAGGAGCUCUCCGCCCGGGCCCGGGCCGCCAUGGCGGAAGGCGGCGCCUCUCACCGCGAUCUGCACAGCCUGAUCGACGACCUCGUGCAAGCAAGAACAGAGCAGCAGCGGCAUGAUAGCAGCACCCCCCAAAAGAUUCCUCAAAGCCUCACUGCUGUGGCUUGAAGUUGAAGCGAGUAGCUGGUGGCAUCCUUCAUUGAAGCUUCGGAGGUGGAAGCAUCACGUGCAAGAAAGUACUUUUAUUGCAAUAAACUUAGGGUUGAUUUAUCUUUUCAAAAAAAACUUAUUGAUUACUAGUUGGGAUUAAUCUAAAACCCAUGUAUGCUUGUGGGUCAACAACGUCAGACGAUGGGUUUGAAGCGUGACGUGUACCUCAUUAUUAGUGCUGUUUGUUGGUGGAUCUCUUUAAUUAUCUGAUGUUUGCAUGUUUAGAGCAUGGCCACGUAAUUUAGCUACCACGCCAGCGGAACUGUGGCGGUUAUCGAAAAUAACAAUCCACCACUACAUUUUCUA